AUGGACUCGGGCUCGUCUGCUACGCCAUCCGGCACCAUGGGCUACGAGCUUCCCUGGGUGGAAAAGUACCGACCCUUGAACCUCGACGACGUAGUUGGCAACAAAGACACCAUCGACCGGCUCAAGGUCAUCCAGAACGACGGCAACUGUCCGCACCUGCUCAUCUCGGGUCUUCCGGGUAUCGGCAAGACAACCUCGGUGCUCUGUCUCGCACGUGCGCUGCUCGGUGAUGCAUACAAGGAGGGAGUGCUCGAACUCAAUGCCUCGGACGAACGCGGUGUGGAUGUGGUUCGCAACAAGAUCAAGACGUUUGCGCAGAAGAAGGUGUCGCUCCCCGCGGGUAGGCAUAAGAUCGUCAUCCUCGAUGAGGCCGAUAGCAUGACGCCCGCAGCUCAGCAGGCACUCAGAAGGACCAUGGAGAUCUACUCGAAUACGACGCGCUUCUGCUUUGCCUGCAACCAGAGCAACAAGAUCAUCGAACCCAUCCAAUCCCGAUGCGCCAUUCUGAGGUACGGCAAAGUCAAGGACGAACAGAUCCUCAAGAGGUUGCUCGAGAUUUGCGAGAUGGAAAAGGUCGAGUAUACAGACGAAGGGUUGGCAGCUAUCAUUUUCACCACCGAGGGCGAUAUGCGUCAAGCCAUCAACAACCUCCAGUCUACUUGGACCGGUUUGGGAUUCGUCAAUCCCGAAAACGUAUUCAAGGUCUGCGAUCAACCCCAUCCCUUCCUCAUCCGUGCACUGCUCACGGCGUGUCAGGAGGGUGACGUCGAUCUGGCUAUGGACAAACUCGACGAAAUUUGGGCAAAGGGAUAUGCGGCUGUCGAUAUCGUCACCACCCUCUUCCGCGUGGUCAAGACCAUAGACCGCAUCCCAGAAGCCACCAAACUCGAAUUCAUCAAGGAAAUCGGAUGGACACACAUGAAGAUCCUCGAAGGCGUGGCUACCGUGGUCCAACUCGGCGGCCUCAUCGCCAGACUAUGCAAACUCGUAAGUGCCCCGCCACUCUCUCCCACUUAUCAGCCAGCUCUCGCUAACCUUGCCUGCCUUGGCCCUACAGAGCAUCGAUCCAAAGCAAUUCCAAGUCUGAUCCCUUCAUCCACCAAUGUAGCUGCAGCCCUACACUACGCUGCCAUCCUGUACUUUUACACAUCCUGCAAUCUCUUUUUCUCUCCACACACAUUUCUGGGCGUGACCUUUUCGGGAUUACAGCAAGACUCGAGCAUCGACAUCAAAGGUAAGGCGGGAUUCCGCACCGAGUCGCAAGAGGGAGCAAAUGAAUCAAAGCGAAACAACGAAAAGCGGGGCGAAUGA